AUGGCCGCACAAUGUAGCGCGAUCGUUACUAGCACCUUACCGAUCGAAGAUCGAGCGGUGGCGGAACUGGUGCUUAGUCAACUGGAAGGCACAGUCGUACGCACCACCGGGUCCGAACCGCUGAAAUGGCACGCGUAUAAUGAUGUUGCAGGAAUUUGGGAAGUGAAGGACGCCGGGGUCAUAGCACGCCUGAUCUUCGACUCCAUCGCGGAGGAGUCGAGACAGCUGCAGACGUACUAUGAAGCUGAAAGGAAGAAGCUCGUUUCUGCAGAUGCGGAGGGGACCGAUGAAGCGCAGGGGAAACAAAACAAAAAGGAGCUCGAUCGUCUAAUCGGCCGGGCAAAGGCCUUGUACUCACACGUCAGUGCGAACCGAACAAUGAGCUCAACACUGCGCAAACUACAAGAUGACAUAUGUGAUGACCGAGUCAGGAAGCUUUGGGAUACGAGAGAUGACCUUCUUCACUUUUCCAACGGAGUGUAUGAUUUCAGCAAGACGGAGUUCCGGAAGAGCAGCCCACAGGACUAUUCCACUCGUGCAUUGACUCUCGAAUAUGUCCCGUACGCACAGCACCCUCCUCACAAGAAGGCAGCCGUCAAGAAGUUCUUCUCCGACAUAACUUUGGAUAAUCAAGAGCUGGAGGAUUUUUUGCUGAAGAUUCUGGCUUCUAUUCUUCACGGAGAUGACCCGAACCAGUUAGGUUUUUUCUUUGCCGGGUCAGGAUCGAAUGGGAAAUCCGCCCUGAUUCGACUUCUCAAUCACGCUCUUGGGCCCUAUUGUACUUCGCUUUCCACUGCUUUAUUGGGUUCCGAGCCCAACAACGGAAACGCUGCUAGCCCUGCUCUGAUGCAACUUAAGGGCAUGCGAGGGGCCUUCGCUACUGAGUACGAGCGGCCAACCAUGGAAACCGGCUUCAUCAAAUCUUGGAUCGGACGUGACCAGCAUACCGCCCGCGAGAACUAUGGUAGUAACGAGAACUUCACCAUCAAAGCCACUUUCCUUCUCGCGUUGAAUAACAUGCCUAUCAUUCGCGACAAGACUCAUGGCUUCUGGCGGAAGCUGUGCAAGAUACCCUUCAAUGCUGAGUUUGUCUCUCAUACUCCUAACAUGCCGAACGAACGGGAAUCUUCACCCGACUUUGAGAAGAAGCACCUGCUACCUGCAGCAGACACAUUCUUGGCGUUACUAGUGGAUGUAUACUACCCGAGAUAUGAAAGCGAAGGGAUGAAACGAUCCGUCUGGCCGCAAUGCGUCAUAGACGCAACGGACGAGUAUCGUCACACCCAAAACACCGCGGCGGAGUUCUUCGAAAACUAUGUGAGACCCCCAACGAGUCAAGAACACUACAUUACCUGCUCCGCCUUCGAUGCGCUUUUCGUAAAGUUCUGUGAAAAGAAAGGCAUCCCAUCAGGCAAGCACAUCGUAGGUCUGCGUGACUUGAUGGACAAGAAGUACCUUCCUGGCAAAGACCCCAAAGAUAAGAAUUGCCACAACUUUCAUGUCCCUCCUUCUUUCGGGGAGGCUAAGGGCAAGACCAUCCGCGGCUGGAAAUGUGUUGUAAGCCAGGAAUGGAAGGUUGAAGACCCGAAGGAUGCCGAAGAGCCCGGGGAGCGAUGA